GGAUGGUACAGAGGAAGGGGGAAGGAGUUGUUCAGAAAGACCAUCUGCCCUUGUUGUGGCUGUCAUUUGCGCAAGGGUAGAACAUCUAGGUGAAAGCUCCUUCUCCCCUUAUGGGGCUCAUGGGCUGGUCGCCUGUACGAACUGCCUCACUCGAUACUUUUCGUGCUUUGCAAACGGCGACGAAGCUGUAUGACUUAUUUCCACCUCGACAGCACAGCAACGCUUCACCGGCAUGAAUAGACUGUGAUGGAAUCUGAAAUAUCUGCAGAUAAAACAUGUUGAAGAGACGCUGCCGGCGAUAACAAGCCAAGCACUCUGUUUGUCAGGCAUUUAGUCUCUGCAAAAGUUUCUGCGGCAUGAAACUUGCAAGUCAGAUAGUGUAAAUCACUGGCCUUUUUUUUUGCAAGACGACUCAACUCUUGCAAGGUCUACUCAGGCUCUCUUGGAGAGCAAGUUGUGUGGGUCACGAUACGACAAUAAAAUUCAAUCAUCCUCAUCUCUUCAUAAUCUUGCACAAUCCUCACCAUCCUCACUCUUUGAUGUACCAUCUCAUUUCAUCGUCAAGUUUGUUUUUCAGACCAGAAGGCCUGCAUUUUUAAUGCUGGGUUCUGGUUAACAGCCUGUCGCGUCGCUGUACAAAGCGUUUUUCUGACCUGUUCCUCGUCCAAGAGUGUUGCCAGCAGGGCAUUACAUCCGGUUUCAGCCAGUCAGGAGAGAGAGCGAAAAAUCCCUUUACGACAGCUGGAUUGGGUUGUCAACGAGUGAACAAUGGGGACGAGCACAGAUCUCCACACACUUGUCUCCUUUCUCUCGCAGCACCGGUGGUGGAUUGAUGGCUUCCAUCUGUUUGACUUUUUUUGUGACAACUUAUGGGAGCAAGUCGACCCCGAAUGGCGUGAAUUCGUCGAUGCGGCAAGUGGUGACUUUAUGGAACAUCUUUUGCAUGUUGCGACAGGGGGGCAAAUUCCGGAGAUGUGGCCCGAAUCAUUAAAGGCAGUUAUGUGCAUUGCACGGACGUUGGCUUUAGGACGACGAGUGGAGCGGGACGAGGAGAUAGGAAUAUUACCAGAGGAAGAUGUGGUGUACGACGACGAAGCAUGUAGAUUGGCUGCCAUGUCUCGCAAAAAGCUCCAUGAAGUAGAUCGACUGUCAAGAGUUAUUUUUCGGGUAGCAGAAAGACAAAAUGCUGAUUCCAUCAUCGAUGUAGGAGCGGGCCAUGGCUAUCUCACUCAUCUUUUGGCACACCAAAAUCCAUCUCGACGAAUCUAUGCAAUAGAUUGCGAUGAUGCUCGCACAUGUGGAUCUAAGGAUCGGGGUACACGCAUCGUACUAUCCAACCACCACCGCCAUCCCACCCGUAUAAUAGCAGAACACCAGAAAGAAAAUCCAGUGAUUUACGUGACUGCACGAUUAGACCCACAAACCUUGCCCGAAAUUCUAGAAGCACAUCGAUAUGUGCUGGUUGGUUUGCAUAGUUGUGGAGAUCUAUCCGGGUUAACCAUGCUGAGGACAUUCUUGGAGUGCGAAGGCGUGAAGGGUAUCGUUGUUGUUGGAUGCUGUUAUCAUCGAAUAUGUGUAGACCGUGAGGAUGAUGAGAGUCAACUCGGAUUUCCGUUAAGUAAUAACGUCCGUAGCCUUAUCCAAGUCCACCACCCUUCAUUUUCCCUGACAUAUCGCUCCCUCACCACUGCCUGCCUCACCUUCGCUUCCUUUGACAAUCCUUCGACUAUCCUCUCCGCGCUUCGAGGACACUACCACCGGAGUCUUUUUGAGCUUCUUCUUCGCUCAUGGGAGCCGGCGCACACAUUACCCCCAGGCCAACACCGUGUUGGUGGACUUCCAAAAGCCGCGUCCACGGAUUUCCGGUCUUAUUGUGUUGCUGCAUGUACAAAACUGGGAUUAUGCACUUCCGACGAACGAAGAGGAUCCUUGAUAGAUGCAAUUGGAAAAGUCGAAGUGGAUAGAGAAAAAAUGAUGCGGAGAAUCGCUUUCAUGUGUGUCAUGAGGAGCUUCUUUGGCCCAUGCGUGGAAAGCCUGGUGCUAUUAGAUCGAAUGAUGUACCUCAAAGAAGGCUUGGGUAUUCCUUUGGACCAGGACAAACACGAAGGCAAAGGGAGGGUAUGGUUGAAUAACCUGUUUGACUAUGCAGAAUCUCCUAGAAAUAUGGUUGUUGUCGCUGAAAAAGCAACAUGUGUAUAAAAAGAGCACCCGGUUGAUUGCCUACUAGACUUAUAGAUGCGUCCAUAGACUAUUUGAAUCAUACUAUAUUGUCAUAAAGCACUGUACUUUUCUCUGUGACGAGAGGUCAUACGAAUAUUGACCUGUAU